CUUUACUACUUUUCCUGAUGGCUUUAUAUGUGUGUAAAAUAUUUUAUGACACACAUUGUAUAAAGCUGAAAUGACAGAUGACAGGUUGAAGCGAAUUAGUAAAACAUUAUCCAAAACAAAGUUAUCACCUCAUAAGAGCAGAGUAGAGCAGAGUUAAACGGCAGAGUUAAACAGCAGAGUUUGUGCACUGCUGAGGGACGGGCUUGGACGCGUGGUUCAGAAGAAGACUAUAGCGCGCUGCUGCCAACACACACAGGCUGAAGAUUCGCAAAGACGAUACAGCUAACGAUAAUACCAUGGAGGCGAAACAACCUAAUAAAAGAAAGGCAUCACCAAAAAUAUGUGGGACCAACUACCCGCUUAGCAUUUCCUUCAUCGUAGUCAAUGAGUUCUGUGAGAGAUUCUCCUAUUAUGGCAUGAAAGCGGUGCUCACACUUUACUUCAUCCAUUACCUCCACUGGAGCAGCAACCUCUCCACUGCUAUAUACCAUGCGUUCUCUGGCCUGUGCUACUUUACUCCCGUAAUAGGGGCCAUCAUAGCUGACUCGUGGCUGGGGAAGUUCAAAACCAUCAUCUAUCUGUCAAUCGUGUAUGUCAUUGGCCAUGUGGUAAAGUCUGUUGGUGCGAUACCAGACGUUGGGGACAGCACUGUACAUAUAGCUCUGUCCAUGUUUGGUCUCAUCCUCAUCGCUUUUGGGACAGGAGGAAUCAAACCUUGUGUGGCAGCGUUUGGUGGGGACCAGUUUGAAGAAGAGCAUACAGAGGAGAGAAGAAAGUUCUUCUCAAUCUUCUAUAUGUCAAUCAAUGCUGGGAGUGUGCUUUCCACCGUCAUCACACCAAUUCUAAGAGGUGACGUUCAGUGUUUUGGAGGUGAUUGCUAUGCUCUAGCCUUUGGAGUCCCUGCAGCUUUAAUGAUCGUUGCUCUCGUGGUUUUCAUUGCUGGCAGUGGGCUAUAUAAAAAGUCCCCACCUGAAGGAAAUGUCUUGUUGAAUGUCUGCAAGUGCAUUGGGUUUGCCAUACGCAAUCGGUGGAGAAGCAGCAAGAAAAGCCCAAAACGGAAUCACUGGCUAGAUUGGGCCGAGGAAAAGUAUUCGAAAGGACUUAUUCAGGAGAUCAAAAUGGUGCUCCGGGUGCUGGUUCUCUAUAUUCCAUUGCCCAUGUUCUGGGCUCUCUUUGAUCAGCAGGGAUCUCGCUGGACCCUGCAGGCCACUCGGAUGAACAUGGAUUUUGGUGGAGGCUUCAUAAUAAAGCCUGAUCAAAUGCAGAUGCUGAAUGCUUUGCUCAUUCUGGUGUUCGUCCCUAUCUUUGACAUGGGUGUGUACCCGCUCGUUGGCCUUUGUCGGAUCAACCUCACGCCUCUAAGGAAGAUGGCCACAGGAAUGAUCCUUGCUGCACUAGCUUUCUGUGCUGCAACUGUAGUGGAAGUCAAUGUCAUUAAAACGGUUGUGGAACCUCCACCACCCAAAGAGUGUCUGCUACAAGUCUUUAACCUUGUUAAUGGAGAGGCUCUGUCUGUAGAAAUUAAAGGACAUAAUAUUUUCCCUGACAAAAUAGAAUCCUAUAAGGAUCCUGUGGGAUACACUAGACUUCCACUUGAGGAUGUCCACAAAGUCUUACCAGUCACUGUCUCUCAAAACGGAGUACCUCACCAGUGCGAACUUAACAUCACUGAGAACCUUGCCUAUAGCCUCAUCUUGUAUAGUGAGGGCACUGUUAUUAAGUGUAAACAGGAGAAGGAUAAUAUCAUCAAAUCUGAGAAAGGAGAAGCCUUCCUCAGAUUCAUUAAUACCCACUCAGAGAAUAUGAACAUAACAGUAGGCAGUGUAAAUUUCUUUGCACCAAGCAGUUACGGGAUCUCUGCAAGCUUAAGUGUUGAAAGAGGAAUAUACACACAAGUUACCUGCAAAUCAGACACAAAGACAUAUUAUAUUGAUCUGGGGCUUCUUGACUUUGGUGCCACCUACACAUUCAUUCUUGGCAUGGGUACAGAAACAUUAGAGCUUCAUAAGAUGGAGGAUGUCCAGGCAAACAAUGUGCACAUUGCCUGGCAGAUCCCACAGUAUGUCCUCAUCACUGCAGGGGAGGUCAUGUUCUCCAUCACUGGUCUAGAAUUCUCAUAUUCACAGGCCCCAGCCAGUAUGAAGUCUGUGCUGCAGGCAGGAUGGCUUCUUACUGUGGCUUUUGGGAAUGUCAUUGUGCUGAUUGUGGCAGAGGGAGCUGGGCUAGAGCAGUGGACAGAGUUUCUGCUCUUUGCUGCACUGCUGGUUGCAGUCAGCAUCAUCUUCUCCAUCAUGGCCUAUUUCUACACCUAUGUGGACCCUGAUCAGCUGGCCAAGCUCGCCAAAGAUGAGGACAACAUGGUUAAGUUAAAGGAGAAAGAAAAAGAGAAUAUGGACAUGAUUGAUGUCCCAAAGAGCACAAAGAUGUAGCACAACUACUUGUUUCUUCUGAUGUAUAAUUUAUACUAAAUAAGAUCAAACUAAUCAUAGUCAGGAAAUACUGUUCAUUGCAUUUUUGUUAAUAAUGGGAAUUUUAGGACCAUUCUAGGAUUUUUAUUUGAUCCUUAUUUGAUCCCUCCUACUAAUGGAUCAUUGACAUAUCAUAUUUAAAGCAAGAAAUAACUAAAUACUAAAUUUUCAUAUGGCUGUAUUUAUCUUUGUGUUUAUGCAUUUAAGACAUAACAUGUGUAAUUUAAAGCUAUAGGUUGGACAUUAUAAACAUACAGAGCACCUAAGGGGACAUGGUGAUGGAAAAAACAUGGAUUUUUUUGCGUUUACCCGAGAAACUUUGUGUUCUCUCGCAAAUAUCUUUAAAAAAAUAAAUAUCUAUUAAAAAAAUUGCAAGAGAACCGAAAGUUUCUUGGGGGAAUGCAAAGGUUCUGCGAGCGAACGCAAAAGCAUUGUAAUAUAAAUUUUCCUCCCAUCUAAUUUUUUUUUUGCAUCACCAUGUCCCCUUAGGGGCUCUGUAUAAAAAUAAGCUUGAUAGUGGAAGAUGUAUUUUUGUGUCCAUUGACAUUAUGAAGGUAAUGCUAUACAAACUGACUUCAGACAACUACAGAGCUGCCAGUUUAUUAAAUACCAAUGAAGAGAUGGGCAGCACUGGGCCUCACGGCUCCAGGGUCUGGGAUAUGAUCCUGAGUUCAGGCUACUGUCUGCCUAGUUUUGCUUGUGGAUUGGCUAACUGAAUUUUGCAUGAAUGAGUGUGUGUGUGUGUGUGUGUGUUUGUGUGUGUGUGUGUGCGUAUGCCCUCGAGUAUGUUCCUGUUUCAACCGCAGUUUCCUGCUCUGGAUCCACCAUAACAAUAGCACAGACCAUAUAUCUUAUAUACAGUUUAUAGACCCUAGUAUGAACAGCAGAUGCUCCACCUAUUGAGAGAAUUGUGGCUUAUGACAAUGACCGUGAUAAGAAUGUACUGAAAAUAAAGCAAUGAUAGAUUUAACUAAUAAGCUGGCAACCUGGUGUAUAUCUGACACACCAACUCAGUUUACAAUGAUCAGUAUGAAUUUCCAUAGACUAAUAAACAUAUCAGUGGUUAGGCUCCACUUCUUUUUUUGUGACAGAAAUCGUGUAAAUAAAAUUCAUUUUCAGAUUGGU